ACAACUGAAAACAUAUCCAUCUGGAGUUACAAGCACGAAGCAGUGGACUAGUCACCGACGAACAAAGACACUUGCCAUAUCGGUAACUAGCCCCUUUGCGCUCGGUUCCACUGCCGUGCUGCUUUGUUCACUACCACUCAAAUAGCCUCAUGGAGUGGCACAUUCUCGACGAUCCUCCUACAAACCAUUCCUGUUCCAAGAUAUGCUCUCGUAUUCACGCUCGCUGAGAGAGAACCCAAAAUUGCAGCCCAUACAUGAUGACGACAUGGAGCUAGAAAUCUGUCCUGUGCCUCCACCAAAGUAUCGAGUCGUGUUCGUCAGUCCUCUUGUUGGUGCAAGGUCCAAGAUAGCAAAAGCGUUCUGUGAAACGCCAGCUGACGGACAUCCGAUGGACUACAGAAAGUUCCCUCGCAUCAGGGAGUGCAUAGUCGAUGGAGAACCAGUAACGAUCGAGUUAAUCGACACCCUCGGUCCGGGAAACGCAGACAUCUACUUCGAGAAAGACGUCAUGAAUGCAUACAUUCAGCAAGGCGACGGAUUCCUCUUCAUAUACUCCGCCGACCACCGUAAGUCGCUAGAGCUAGCCAGGGAGAAUUAUGGACGGGUCGUGAGGAUGAAGCAGCACGAGCGGGACAAUGCGACGAACCCUAUUCCUGGGAUGCUCGUGGCAGUUCGGGUGGAGGAUGAAGAUAGGUCGAUGUGGAUGGAAGUCACUUGGGAAGAGGGAAAUAAACUCGCAGAGGAGAUGAACGUCGCAUUCAUGCAGGUAUCGCUCAAGAAUGGACGCAAUGUGGAGGAAGUGUUUAUUCAUAUAGCCAGGUUGAUCAAAAAGUACCAGGAAAGGGUGAGGCGAAAUAUAUUACUGCAUGUGACAUAGCUGACGACGCAUGAUGAACAGAAGAAGCGCAUUUCGGGUAUGCAUUGGGCAUAUUAUGA